GAGCGUGGCGGGUGGAGAGCGGUAUCGAGGGGAAGAUGGUGGUGAAGUGUGCGGCGGCGGCGGCAGCAGCGUGCUCGAGUCUCCGGCCCGAAAACACCGAGAAAUCUCAGCCAUCUCAGCACGGCAUCAGCGUCCCGCUCCCCGGGGACCAGCGCAGAUAAUCCCGCCGCGGAGGCGCGCGGAGCCGGAGCUGCAGCACGGGGAUUACCGGCUGCUCCGCGAGUUUCUGCACUUUAUUAAUAGAGUUUAUUAAUGGAGUUUAUUAGUGUUUGGAGGAAGUGUGUGAUUUUUUGAGAGUUUUAAAGCGCUGACAGUCUCUCUCCGCCGGGUUCUGGAUCAGAACUUUAAGCCCCGGGUUCGGACCGCGCCGUAUACCGGCUCCUGCUGCUUCUCCAGCCGCCUGUAGCCGCUGCGGACUCGGGCUCGGCCCCCGGACAGCAGCAGCAGCAGCAGCAUGCCCCGGGCAAAGAGAGGGAAACGCGGCGGCGGAUCAGCCAAGGCUUCACUCCGACAGGAAGUGCUACAGCUGCAGCUCUCAGCCAAGACUGCACUGUCACGGCCAGGGAAGAAUGGAGGGAGAGGGGAAUCUGGAGCGAGUGAUGAUGAACUGGCGUCUGAAGUUCUCAGUCAUUACAGCAGUGCCAGCGAGAGCGCCUCAGUGCUGGACGAGGGAUCAGGUGAGGGGGUGGAUGAACAGACGGCUCAGGAGGAAACGGAGGAUAAACUGAAGCAGUGCAUCGACAACAUGAUGGACAAGAGUGCUAAGACACGUCUGGCGGCGUUGACGAGUUUACGCUCGGCGUUUUCCUCACGGCUGCUGUACGACUUCCUGCUGGAGAGACGCCUCACCGUCAGCGACUGUCUGGAGCGCAGCCUGAAGAAAGGUGGAGGGGAGGAGCAGGCGGCUGCAGCCACGCUGUGUGCUCUUCUCUGUGUACAGCUGGGGGGCGGAGUCGAAGGGGAGGAGGGCUUUAAGACGCUUUGUCCUAUCCUCGGCUCCAUCCUGAGUGACAGCUGUGCCAGCCUAUCAGCUCGCCAGAGUUGUGCUCGUGCACUGGGCAUGUGCUGCUAUGUAUCUGCGUCAGACGAUAUCGAUGACUUGUUGAAGUGUAUGGGGAGUUUAGAGAGUGUGUUUGUAGGUUCGUAUCCGCUGGCAGAUGGUAGUUUACCCUCAGUAAAGGCUGGAGCUCCAGCGCUCCACAGCGCCGCCCUACAGGCCUGGGCACUACUGCUCACACUGUGCCCCGCCUCCCGCGUCAACAGCAUGGUCACCUAUCAUCUGCCGCGGCUGCAGGCGUGUUUGGACAGCAGUGAGGUGAACUUCAGGAUCGCAGUGGGAGAAACCAUCGCUCUGCUGUACGAACUGGGACGAGAUUUUGACGAGGAGUAUGAGUAUGAGGACUGUGACGCUCUGUGUGAGAGUCUGAAGGGUUUGGCCACAGACGGAAAUAAACAUCGAGCCAAAAACGACCGGCGGAAACAGCGCUCCAUCUUCCGCGAGGUCCUGCAUUACAUCGAGAGUGAUGAAUUCUCGGAGGAGAAGAUCCGGUUUGGGGUGGAGGUGAUCUACAUCGACGGCUGGAUGCGGCGCAGAAUCUACGACGCUUUUAAAGAGGUGCUGGAGUCCGGCAUCAGUCACCACCUACAGUUUAAUCCGCUGCUGAGGGAUAUUUUUGGACUGGGAGCUCCUCUCAUUCUGGACGCUUCAGUCAAGGCCAACAAGAUCUCCCGCACAGAGAGGCAUCUUUUCAAUUCCGCUGCGUUUAAAGCUCGGACUAAACUACGGAACAAAGUGAGGGACAAACGAGCGGACGUGAUGUGAUGAAGAUGGGUGACCUGAAGAUGAAGAUGAUGAUAACGAUGAUGAGGAUGAUGUAAAGGAUGGAGAGAUACAGGGAACGAGAGGAACACUACACCCCUCCUAUCAGCUCACUUGAAAUGAUUAAACAGCGACUGCCAAACCAGGGACUUGACAAUGCAAGUGUGUGUGUGUGUGUGUGUGUGUGUGUGUGUGUGUGUGUGUGUGUACGUGUCAAGAUGAGUGAAUGUGUGUGUGUGUGUGUGUGUGUGUGUCUCAGUUUUAUUUAACAAUACUGGAUAAAAUAAUAACCUAAAAAUCCUAAUAAUGAAUUUAGCAGUAAGCAGCAUUUUCCUUUACCGUGUAAACUGCGUUACUACAGGUGGCCACUGGGGGCAGUAUUUGUUACGUUUGCCUUACGGCCAGCAGGGGGCAGAUAUGCUUAUGGCCUACGAUGCAUAUCUUGAAUUUUAAAAUCAUUUUUUAAUCUCACUUUUCUCCUCAAUUUAGCUAUUCUACCGAGCUCUUACCUGCUCAGCUGUAUAUCCCCCCCUAUCACUAGUGAUGCUCCAACACCAGGAGGGUGAAGAAGACCAGCACACGCCUCCUCCGAUACAUGUGAAGUCAGACUCCGCCUCUUUUUGAACUUUUUUUUUUUGAACACUUGGAGGAAAGCGCAGUGACUCGGUUCUGAUACAUCAGCUCACAGACGCAGCCUCGUGCUGAUCCACAUCACCCUAGGAGUGAUGAAGGGAAAGAGAGAGCGCCAUCUACUGUACUGUACCCACCCAGAGAGAAACAGCAAGGACAACUGUGCUCUCUCAGGGCUCCGGCAGCUGAUGGACAGUAGGUUGCGUUGUUUUUCCAUCAGUAGCUGGAGUCUGAGAGAGAGAGUACAGUAGGUCAUGCUGUUUUUCAGCAUUAGCAGCAUGUAUUGGGUUGGUUUGAGAAGAAAAUAAAAAACUAAAAGGAAAAUAAAUAAAUAAAAACAGAAAUGGAAAAUGCUGCUUAUUGCUCCUUUAAACACAGUUUAAUAUUCUGCAUUUAUGACGCGCUCUCGUAUGGCUGUGUUCUGCUUUUCUGUUAUUGUAUCUUACUUUCUAAUUUAUUGAGAGUUUUUGGGAAAACAGAAAAGACUUUUUAACAUUAAGAGCCGUAAACACAUCAACAGAGCGGGAAACGGCCGAGGAAUAGAAAUGAAUUUCUAGUUUUUCUAUCUAUAUUUUAUACACAGGCUGACCGUGCAUCUCCUCUUUAACAUAAAAAAUACAAAUGCUUGAAUAUUUGUAGGAAGAUUAUAAUUAUAUAAACAUAAAUGUCUUUUUUUUCCUUUUACUGCAAACAACCUUUUCUAAACUUCCGAAAAAUUCCCACAGCAGGUGAAAGCUGCUCAAAUCUGAUUUUUCUCACCAAAUCUGAUGUUAAUUUACUUUAGAUUUACGUUCAGUUUGAUGGUUUGAUGGUUUGUGAUCAUCCAUCUUCCUCUUGAUUAUAUUCCAGAGGUUUUUAAUUUGGUAAAAUCAAAGAAACUCAUCAUUUUUAAGUGUUCUUUUUUUUUUUUUUUUUUACAGAGCUUUAUAUAUAUACCUUCUAAUUUACAGUAUUACAGUAUUGUGGUUCUGUUAUUUCAGUAUUUAACAACUGAAACCCUCACUCACUGCGAUCAUCCAUUUUUCAUGCAUUAAUUCUGAUCUGGAUGUUCAGACUGAGUCGCGUUGCUGUAAUUCAGAUUUCAGUAACACUUGUUGAAGUGGCUUAAAUUUUAAAUAUCGAUUAUAUAGAUUCAAUCUUAAGUUUUUGCUGUUACACAUCAAUAACACACCUGUAUCACAUGACCAAAAAUAUCAGAUUUUUAUCAUUUUCUCCUGCUGUGUGAAUCGAGCCUUUCCCUUUUCCAAAUCCUGAAAACGUCCGGUCUGGUGUUGCAUGAUUGGAUUAGGUCAACCUGAAUGGAUCCUGCAUUUAAAUCCAUUCAGAAUAUUAUCAGAUUACGCACAGUAUCAGAUAUCGACUGAAAAAGAGAGAGAGAUUCAGUGUUGUGUUGAGUAGUAUUACGUUUUUAAGGGAAAACUUCAUCCCUUAUCAGACUGUUUCUAUUUUCUACACCCCGUUACCCGUCACAGGUCUGAUUACAGCAGUAAAUAACAAAACAAAACAAAAAAACAGUGCAUUUACAUGCCCUUCAUAAUCUGAUUACUGUAGAACAUCGGUAUUAGAGUUCGUCAGUUAUCAUAUUAAUGCAGUUACAUAAAUUUGUGUAAUCAGAUAUUACUAAUUACUAAGCUAAAAUACAUGUUUAUCAGAUUUAGUAAUCCGAUUUUGAAACCUUACUUUUAUCUAAAAAAAAAAAAUCUGAAUACUGAAUUAAAAAGCUGCUCUCUUAAUCAGAUUUUUCCACUUCCAAGUCUGAUCUUAAAAAAAUCUGAUUAUUGAGCUAAAAUCCAUCUCUCUAUCAGAUGUUUAUACCUUAGUCAGAAAAAUCCCAGAAUACUCUAGUUAAGAGUUCACAUUCACUGAAAAAAAUCUGAUUACUGAGCUCAAAUCCAAAUCUCUUUAUCAGAUGUAUUAAUCAGAUUUUAUAUGUUACCCUGAAAAAUAUGAGCAAUCUGAUUUCUGAUCUAAAAUCCAGCUCUCUUCAUCAGAUGUUGUCAUUCUUAAUUGGAUUUUUAGAGCUUUUUAGAUGUAAGGAAAUGUAUAAUGCUUUUCAUAAUUACUACAUAAAUUAUUAAAGACAGUAAUCUGAUUAUGAACAGAUUGUUUUGAUGUGUUUGUAAACACACAAAGUGAUUCAAGCCAGUUAAUAAUAGGAUCCAGUGAUGGGCGGAGCUAAAGCAGCUGUUACUUUAUUGGUUUCUAUAAUAAAAGUCCUUUGAGGCGAGUUUAUUUUCAGGCCUUUUGUGAGUAAAAUAGUAAAUCAGUUUCUGUCUGUGGUGAUGGACGUUUAAUAUACAGAUCAGACUGAAACGAUUAGAAGUUUUCCUUUAAGAUAAUAAAGUCUGGCCCUGUAUUUUAUAAAAGCUGAUCUAUAAACAGUGUGGAUAGGAUCGAUCUGCUAUCUACCCUUUCUCCCUCACAGCAAGUUUCAGAAUCUGAACCGAAGCCCAAAUAUGUAUUAAAUGUUUUAUUAUCCCCAGAACAUAAAGGGAUAAUUAAACAGUUUUGCAGGAAAUGUUAGUUUUUUCCUUGGAUAGAUGGAAUAUAGAUAAAAUGAGAAUUAUGUGAAUGCUGAAAUAUUGAAUUAUCCCUUUAACUGUGUGAGAUGUAAACACUUCUGCACCCAGAGGGUUAAACAUCAAUUAUGGCUUUCAAUAAAAAAUAUACAAAUAUUUUA